UUUACUUUUUAUGUAAGUAAAAGCAUGUGUAGUAUUAUUUUGAUUCUGCAGGAGCGUGCUCAAAAUGUUGGUGGUGGUGAAAUUGUGGAGCAGUUCAUCAGGUCAUUACCACGCUCCAAUCGCCAACCUCCAAGAACAGCUAAUCAUAGCAAUAUCAGUCAAAGAAGGACUUCGUCAAGACCAAUGACUGGCACUCAAAGGCAACAACUUACUACUGAAGUUAACUCCUUGAAAACACAAAUGGAUGAGAUGAAAAGGAUGUUGCAGACAACAUUAGAGAUUCAAAUGGAGACACAGCGGUCCAUACGUCAAGAAGUUUCAGCUGUAUUCGCAGCUUUUAUGGAGCAAGUUGGGCAAGCCUCUGGCUCUGUUUCCUCUAAUCAAUUCAGAAUCCCAGAGAGAAAUCUGUCAGGCCCUGUUUCUGCUGGUUCAUGCGUCAUUUGUCUUGAUAAUCAAGUUGACACUGUUUUGUAUCAAUGUGGCCACAUGUGUGUUUGCAACAUGUGUGGCUUACAGCUGAAAAUGGAUGGACAUCGCUGCCCCAUGUGUAGGGCUCCAAUCCGAGAUGUUAUCAAGGCUUACAAAGCACAGUAAAACAACAGACAAUGUCAUUUUUCUAGUAUCAGAAAUUCUCAAGAUUUUGAAUAAUGUAAUUAUUGGUUUGUAAUAACUUAUUAGUAUAUUCUGUGAAAAUAUUCUCUCUCCCAAAUUAACUUUAGUUGUAACCUAUAAUUUUUUCAUUUCUGAUUUUUGGGCAUUUCUUUUUUGUUUACUCAACACUGUACAGAUCCGCUAUUGCAAAUGUAUUUGGAUAUUUUGUGUCAAUAAAAGAUUAAUUAACUGUUAAAA